AUGGAAGGGAUGAAAACGCAGGAUAGAGCUCAUGAUUCAUUCUUCAAGUACCUUCCUAGAGUAGAGCUUGCUCCGGAUGACACACAUAGUCAGGCCGUAGACUGGUUUGACCCUGCCACGACCGACGAGUGGCUGAAUGAAGAGAUCCAAUCACGAAGAGAUAAUCUCGCCUCGACACCAACACAUCUUCAUGAGAGAAGAAUGUUUUGUGAGCUUUCAAGGCUCACUUUGCAGCACUAUCUACGCUUUGGAACAGAAGAGUCCUUGGAUGAUGCAAUCGAGUUGGAACGAAAGGCUCUGGAGUACAUCUGCACUGGCUUUCAACAUGCAAAGUGUCUGCUAGUCCUGGGAGACAUGCUUUGUCUAAGGUUUCGCCGCAAAAAAGCUGUCUGGGACAUGGACUAUUGCAUCAAAGCCGCAAAACAGCAGAUCUAUCUACCCCCCGCACAGGGACCUCCAUACACUAGUGACAUGCUCAGCUUUGGUCGUUGGGAUGAAUCCUUUGAGCAAUCAGAUCUGGGUUCAGCCUUCACAGACAUAGACGAGGGCAUCAACAAAUCACAUGCUGCGUUUGAGCUCAUCCCCGAUGACUUUCCCCUUCGGGGUGAAUGGCUGGACCACUUCGGUUCAAUUAUUCUUCAUCGAUAUUCACUGAGCAAAGCAAUCGAAGACGUUGAUAAAGCUAUCGAGAUCUGCAGAACUGUCUCCAACGAUAUCAACUUUGGUCCAUCAGAAAACCUCAUAGAGGCCCUUAUUAUGCGGAUUCCUGCUACCUGGGACCAGUAUGAUGUACUCGAAGCCAUAGACAUCUGUGAUGAAAUGUUGUUAGAGUGUCUAGGCGACAGAAAGAAGACAGUUCUACAGUAUCGUGCUGAAGCUUUCUACUGCCUCUACUGUUUAAGUGGAAUGAUGGAACAUAUGAACGAGAGCGUCAAGGACUCCAAAAGAGCAAUAGAUUCGGAACGUGGAGGCCUGGAGUCACUCAGUGUCAGGUGUCACAGGUUUAGGAGUGGUCUGUUGUAUCUUCGUUAUCAGCAGACUGGUGACAUGACCGAUCUUGAUGACUCGAUGGCCUCAGCAGCGACCGUGGCAAAGAUACUCUUUACUCCGGGUCCCAAGUCAAAAGCCACGCUGUUCAGCAUGCUGGCAAGCGAUUGGGUCUACAGAACUGAGGCUACAGCACGUCAAGCACACUUUGCCGAAGCCAUCGAGUGGCCUGCAUGCAUCAAAUUAUUUGGAACGAGCCGAAUGGAUUCUCUUCACGAACUAUGUCUACGGCAGUAUGAACGAUACGAAGUAAGGGGAAUGGGUGGCGAUCUUCAAGACGUUGUGAAAAUUAUGAGACAAAUGGUCGAACUGGUGCCCAGUCAAGCAUUGCGGAGCAGUUUGGGCAGCCGACUAAUGCAGUUAUACUCCGAAUUCAGCUUUCUACAGCCCCUACUUUUGCAGGCAAAAGCCAUUUUUCGGCAGUUAAUUGAGGAGUCAGAAACAGAUUCAGAAGACCAGAGGCGGUAUUCCUUGCAGCUGGCGCAUUGCCUUUGUUUCCAGCACGAGCGAACAGGAGAUACUGUCGACCUCGAUGAAGCUGUCGCCAUUGUGACAAAGAUCUUCAGCACGGCGAAAGCAGAUGACCCAAACUACGCGCUGGCCUUGAACAAUUUCGGCGAAGUGACCUACCAGCAGUGUCGCAUCAACAAGACAGAAUCCAAUGUCGAUCACAUCAUCGACCUGUUACAAAAGAUGAGGGAAUCCACCAUGUCACAAUCUCCUACUAAGCCUCUGAGCAAGUUGGUAGAGUGCCUUCUCUGGAAGUACCGCAUGACCGGUGAAGUUACGCAUAUAGACUUGGCAGUUGAGCUGGCAAGACUUGCUGAGAGUUCACUCCCAAACAGAUACCCCAAUUCCCAUUGCAUCAUUCGUCAUAGACUUGCAAUAGCCUUGCACGAGCAGUACUUGCGGACGCCGACGCUGUCUGCUCUAGAAGAAGCCGUUGAGCUGGAGAGGCAAGAUCUAGAACCUGGCCAGUUCACUCGUUAUCUUUCUCAUGCUAAUCUCACGUCACUGCUCGGUGAGCUAUACGUCGCAACGGGCGAUCGAGAACACCUCAAAGAGGCGAUGGCCAUGGAAAGAGAAACGAGGAAUGUUGACGGCCGGUCCAUCUGGUGCUUCAGAGGGGACCGCGUCUAUAUUCCGUAUAUUCUCGACAUCGAGAAAUCGUACCAGCUUUCUAAUAAGCUAUAUGAACACUUGGAGGCCAUUCCAUACACUCCGGAGCUUAGGUCACAGUACCUUAGUAGCAUGGCAUUGAUGCUCUUGGGAACGGGCGAGAACGAUCUAGCAAUGGGAUAUGCCAGAGAGAGUCUGGGCCUUGUUUCACCAGACAGCCCCGACCUGUCUUGGCAGUUGUGCUGUCUUGUACUCUGCUCAGAGUGCAGUCUUUCAACUUCAAAUGACGCCUCCGAGCUAGAAGAGAUGGUCACGGCAGCCAGGAAAGCUGUGGAGCUGUCGCUGGAAGACCAUCCUGGUAGACCAUUCUAUCUUUCAGUCCUAUGUAUGGCCAUUCACAGACGAUUUACAAAGACGGGAAGAUCCUCUGAUCUCAAUCUGGCGAUCGAUUGCGGAGUUGAGGCUUACAACCUGACCUUUGGCGAAACACUCCCGGACUGUGCUAAUCGGUACCUGGCAUCGGACCAGCUAUCAUUCUGCUUACAGCACAAGUAUCUCAGAGAGGGUAUUUCGAGCGAUCUUGAACAGUCUGAAGAACUUCAUCAAGAGGCUCGUAGAUGUGGAGAGAAGCUGAAGAGAAACGAUGAAUAUUACAACUGGGUUCAAAGCUCUCCUGAUGGGGCUUACAUGGUUCAUCUUGGCACUAACACGAAAGGCUCUUUCACGCUCAUCAACGAAAGACGUGUAUGUGCCUUACUCCCAGAAAAGCGGGACUGCCACCCUCGUCUGUUUGCCGUCGCGGAGCAAUGUUUCAGAUAUUACAAAGAGUCAAACGAUGAGAACUACCUCUCCCUGGCUUUGGAGGCUGCGAAUUCGGCACUCGCCUUUAUUCAGGAUGGUCAUAUCACGCAUUCCGCACGGCUCCACCUCGUUGCGAGGUGUUACGAAGAGUACUACAAGAGGUCGAUAGCCUCCGACUGUGGGGAAGAGGACCAAAAGGAUCGCCUUCGUCACCUGGAUAUGGCCAUCUCAAAAUUCCGAGAAAUGAUCAGUCACCUCUCUUCGGAAGAUCCUCUGCGCCCUGAUGUUCUCGGUCGUCUCGGCAAUUUAUAUUCCGACAAGCUUUUCUACAACUACAAACUCGAUGAUCUGAAGAUGGCAUUGGAAGUACACCAGGAAUGUCUUCAUCUGGCAGGAGAGAGUCAGAUUGAGUGUGCAAAAUGGUUACGUCAUCUUGGGUGCUCUAAGCUUGUCUCCUACAGAGUAUUUAGGGACGAGGGUGAUUUACAAGAAUCCAUCAAGCUACUCGAGCAAGCGAAAGAACAACAUCUCAAUGACAAGGAACUUGUUCCAGGGCUAGCCAGUGCCUACCGUUUCAAGUUCAUGAUUACUAGGAACGACGUCAAAGACAUUGACGCUGCGAUCGAGCUAUAUCUCAAAUCCCCUCUACCGGAGUAUAUCACCCUUCCUUGGCUCGGCAGUGCUUAUCUAAUCCGAUUUGAGCUGACAAAGGCGCCGGAGGACAUGAAGGUUGCAAUAUCCAAUUCGGAGAAGGCUCUCCAGCUAGCUCGAACGGAGCUGGAAGUCUCAGAUGUCGUCCAGGUGCUACAAAGUUUGGCAAACUGCUAUCUCGCGAAGCAUCAUAACGGUGGUACCCUCGACGAUAUCAAUGAAGCCAUUCGCUACGCACAGGAUGCUGUGGAUGUUGAGGCACAGGAGGCCUUCCAAGUGGUCGAUAUCGCAGGCCUACUGGGACUGUGCUACACGACCAAGUACAAGGUUACGAAAUGUCAGGACGAUCUUCUCAAGGCCAUCGAUGCCGAUGAGAGCGACUUUUGGGUCUUCAUGCCAGCUGCAAACAUAUCCGACAGUUUAGUCCUUGCGCAGCGAUUGAUGGAAUCGUACAAAACUCUCGAGAACUGGGAGAAGGGCUUGAAGAUUGCGGAGUACGCGCUCGAACUUAUCCCUGCCUACACACCCCGUUAUCUACGAUGGUCAGAAGCCCAAUCUCUUCUUUCAAGAAUCAGUGGCCUUGCAUCUUUCGCCGCCGCCUUUUCGCUCCAAGCCGGCAAAGCUGAGGGUGCUAGUCUGGCUCUAUUAGAAAGAGGUCGUGGAGUCGCCGCGGACCUUUUAUAUGAUCUUCGUCUUGAUUUUGACAGUCGGAAAUUUGCGGACUUGAAGCCGGCGUAUAAGGAGACGCUUCUGAGCAGUAUAGGGCGACUUGAGAAUCCUGUACAGCUACCAGGUCUUUCUUCCGAUGAGCUGACGUCAGGCACAGCGGAACUUACUAGGAGGUUAGAAGCGAGCAAAAUUGUCGACGACUUCAUGGACAACUUCAGCACCCGUUUAAAACCAGACAACACAGGCUUCACAGGGUUCACGAGGAACGGCCCAAUGGUGAUUAUUAAUGUCAGCUUUCGUUGUGAUGCUUUCAUUAUUAAACACGUCGUUGAGGCCAUGCCCCUGCCUGACUUAUCUGUAGAAGAGCUGGAACGGAGACUCCGCGACGGAAACUUGGGAAGUCUAAACACCAUGGAAUGGCUUUGGGAUACUAUCAUGGGACCUAUUCUUGAACAUCUGGGUUACACGGAGAUGCCUUCUAGUGAAUGGCCCCAGAUAUGCUGGAUACCUACGGGAGCAUUAAGUCGCUUUCCACUGCACGCAGCUGGCUAUCACCAAAAGAAAAAUGGCCACACCGUCAUAGACAGAGUCAUGUCGUCUUAUAGCUCAUCGCUGAACGCCAUUUUAGAGGGAGCGGCGAAGGAUAAGCGAAGCUCUUCUGCCAAGGCGAUUUUGGUCGCUAUGCAGAGAACGCCCGGUAGUUCCAGCCUACCUCAUGCCCCCAAAGAGGUCUCGAUUGUACGAAAGAUGUGCGAGUCAAUGGAGCUCCGUACCGUGGAGCCAAAACGAGAAACUCAGGACGUACUGGCGGAGUUGAAGGACUGUGACAUCUUCCACUUUGCUGGUCACGGCGAGACUGACGACACAAACCCACUGAAGAGUCAACUACGUCUUGAAGACUGGCAAACACAGUCUUUGGCAGUAUCUGACCUAUUGAAUCUCAAGCUGCGCGACAAUCCACCGUUCCUGGCAUAUCUCUCAGCUUGCGGGACAAGCCAGAUCAAAGAUAAACGCCUUUUGGAUGAGAGCCUGCAUUUGAUUAGCGCAUGCCGACUAGCUGGCUUUCGGCACGUGGUCGGAACGCUCUGGGAGGUCGGCGAUGAGGCUUGCGUUGAUGUUGCGGAGACAGUCUAUCAAGAGCUGAAAGAUUCUGGCAUGGAGGAUGGAUCUGUGUGUCGAGGGCUGCAUAAAGCUGUUCGGAAGAUACGUGAUAAUUGGGUGACUGAUGCGAAUAUGCGGGCGGUUAAAAGGGAUGUUGAUGCAUCGAUUGUCAACGUCAAAGAUCGUGAGAAUGCAUUCAAAGAUGGGUUGAGUGACGGGAGAUCGGCAAGGGAUAUUGUGCCGUUGGACGAGGAUGAGAAUGAGAGGCCUGCUCCUUGGGUCGCUUACGUGUAUCACGGAAGUAGAUAA